CUUAAUCUGCAGUUGUUUAUUCCAUUCUGGGACACAUUUGCGCGCCUAUCUCGCCCGGACGAUGCGUGUUUUCAAGGAUGCAAUCACUGGUGAUGAAAUGUUCUCAGAUUCACACAUGCCAAAGUUAAUAGAUGACGUCAUUUAUGAAGUCAACGCCAAGUUCACGACAGUUACAAACUCGGUUGAUAGUAGAUUAAUCGGUGCUAAUCCAUCUGGGGAGGGCGAAGGCGCUGAGGAAGUCAGCGAUACCGCUGAACGGGUUAUUGACUUGGUGCAUGGAAGUCGCCUUGUCAGCACCCAAUUCGACAAAUCAAGCUACAGAACGUAUCUCAAAGGUUAUUUGAAGUCCAUAAAGGAGCGUUUAUCAAGUGAAAAUCCUGAACGAGUCUCAAUAUUUGAAAAUAACGUGAAGGGAUAUAUGGCAAACGUCUUAAAAAAUCUAGACGAUUACGAAUAUUAUACUGGUGAAUCGAUGAAUCCCGACGGCAUGGUGGUGUUAAUGAACUAUCGCGAAGACGGAAUGACUCCAUAUUUCAUAUUCUUCAAGGAUGGACUGACGGAAGAGAAAUACUGAGUACCUUGUAUUUCAGAUCUUAAAAGCGACUGUUAGAUGCACGUGAUGAAUGAUGAAAUAAACUUAUACACUGGGAUAAUUUCCCUUGAUGCAUUUUCCUCUGACUUCCUAACAAAAUUUUCCUGGUGCCUGCACGCGUUACUCAUGAACAGAGACUGAUGACGUAAGCCGUUGAUUUUUAAUCCAAGUAAUAACUACUGAAAACCAGGGAGUACUGUUUUUCAAUGGUCUUCUAACUGAUAUCAAUCCGUAGUCAAACUCGUAGGAACGCAUCUAAUCCUAACAAACUAACUCUUAAUUAUAACAGUUUCAAUUAUAACGGUUUCAAUUUUGUCUGUCAGGGAUCAGAUUUCUUAUUCACUUAUAUUUUGUAUUUUUCAAUAGAUCUAGGCGUGUUCAGACUACAAAUUAGUUAUGUUAUAAUGCAGAGGGCUGAACAGUAUGCGUAGCCGUGAUAAAUAUUUCCAAAUAGAGUAGUCCGUAAGCAUGUCAGGGUAUUUCUCCG